AAAAUAAAGCCGGUUUUCAUCGGCAUAAAGUGGUCGAAGGAAGCUUUUGUUCCGGCCAGGCGGCAGCGUGUUUUGUUAACUGUCUAUGGUUUUGUGCAGCGUUCCACGGACAUCUUGGUUGCACGCCUCAGAACAUUUAGCUACAAAAAUAAUUUUCGCUAACCUCUGUUCUUUGCCACGACAUGGUGAAACUAUCUGCGGAGCUAAUUGAGCAAGCUGCUCAGUAUACCAACCCUGUGAGAGACAGAGAGCUGGAUUUACGAGGUUAUAAAAUCCCAGUGCUUGAAAAUCUUGGUGCUACUCUGGACCAGUUUGACACUAUCGACUUCUCUGAUAAUGAAAUCAGAAAACUGGAUGGUUUUCCUCUGCUUAAAAGACUGAAAACAUUGCUAAUGAACAACAACAGGAUUUGUCGCAUAGGUGAGAACCUGGAGCAAUCUCUGCAGAGUCUGACAGAAUUGAUUCUCACAAGCAACAACAUUCAGGAGCUGGGUGACUUGGACCCACUGGCCUCAGUGAAGACAUUGACUCUUCUCAGCUUGUUAAGGAAUCCAGUGACAAACAAGAAGCAUUACAGGCUCUAUGUCAUCAACAAAAUCCCACAGAUCCGUGUGCUUGACUUUCAGAAGGUAAAGCUCAAGGAACGGCAGGAGGCAGAGAAAAUGUUCAAGGGCAAACGAGGUGCUCAGCUUGCAAAGGAUAUUGCCAGGCGAACAAAAACAUUCACCCCUGGAGUGCCAGCACAGCUUGAGAAAAAAAGGACAGGGCCGUCUCAAGCAGACGUGGAAGCCAUCAAGAAUGCCAUCGCUAAUGCUUCAUCGUUGGCAGAGGUGGAGAGGUUGAAAGGAAUGCUGCAGGCUGGUCAAAUCCCAGGACGUGAUCUGCGACAAGGUCCAGCUGAUAUGGUGGAAGAAGAAGAGGAAGAGGAUGACACUGCACAGAUGGAGUCACAUAUUGGUGGAGGUCCUGGAGAAGAGAUUAAUGAGGGUGACCAGGAGGCGGAUGAAGACAUGGAUGAAGAGCCACAAGUUAAUGGCUCCUGAGUUCCUGCAAAUAUUACUUUUUGUUUAUUUCAGUGUGUAGAUUUCUUGUGUUGGACAUACAUCUACCGGGGCUGUUUUAUUUUGUAUAAUGACAUACAUUAAACUGAUUUCUUAUA